UUCCUAGAAUUCGGUCGUUUUUGAAGAUGUAAAGCUCCAGUUGAACUGAAUGUUCACAGGCACGAAGGGAGACAGCAAGAGGAGGAGAAUCAUUGUUCGUGAGGCCGGACAUGAUGUGAUUCAGCGAGAGGUCGAUGCGGUGAAGCAUUGGAUCAUGUCCGGCAAACAACUUCACUCCAUGCGCGACUCGGUUCUUCAUUCUCGACCCUUCAACUCUAGGCUGUGGGGCUGCAUAGCGCCAUGUGAGAUUCAAGGAAGUCCUAUAGUGGAGGUGGUCAAAGACUUCUUGGAAAAGCAUCAGGCCCAUGUUCGGACGGACGAGUGGUUCGGGAGCACAGUGAUGCUGCCUUAUUUCACUUGGAACAAUGACAAGCUGACCCAUGAUUCGCUUUUCUGCAUGGACUGGCAAGAUUCACUUCCCUUCCCUACGGAGAGAAAUGGGAUUGAAUUCGCCGGACAGCCUUCCCUGUCCUGGUAUGGCGGCAACGAGGAGCUUGCGAUGAAGAUGCAUCGGGGCGAAUGGUUGUGCAGUAGCAGCCCCUACCGAUGCCGAGGAAGCAGCUCUUGGCGACGAGGGUAGAAGGGCGGAGGACUGUGACAGAAGGAACAAGGGCGGCGGUGGAGGGAGGCGUAGGUGUACAUAGUUGAGUUCAUCUUGUCUGUUUAUUGCUAGUGAAGUGUCAAUGCAGC